GGGCCAGGACGGGCUCGGCGGGGCGAGGGCAGCCCCUCGGCGGCGGCCGCCGCCAUGGCGAGCCCGGCGCGCCUGCGGCAGGACGUAGCGGCCCCUUCGGACGAGCGGCGGCCCCGAGGGACGGCGCCGUCGCUGCCCCGCGACGCCUGGAGCAUCGGCGCGGCGGAGCGGCGCGGCGCCUCCCCGCCGCGGGCAGAGGGGCUGCUGCUGCUGGAGCUCCGCCGCUGCGGACAGUCGCUGUCCUCCGGCCCCAAGUUGCAGCAGGAGGAGGAGGAACAGGAGGAGGAGGAGACGGCGGCGGGCGAGGACUGUUGCACCAAGUGCAAGAAGCGGGUGCAGUUCGCGGACUCGCUGGGGCUGAACCUUGCCAGCGUGAAGCACUUCAGCGCCGCCGAGGAGCCGCAGGUGCCGCCCUCCGUGCUGUCCCGCUUGCAGAGCCUGCCCUUGGAGGAGCAGGACUUGCGGGAGCUCAGCGCCGCCCUGGGGCUGCCGUGCGGGGCGUGCCAGCCGCCCGCCCUGCGGCUGGUACCCGACUUCCCCGCCGGCGAGGCGCCGAGCGCCGAGCGGCUGCAGCGGCAGCGCGUCUGCCUGGAGCAGCUGCUCCAGGUCGCGGCGCCCACCGACGUGCGGGGCACGGUGCAGGUGCUGCCCUGCCCCGGCCCCAAGGAAGUGACGGUGCGCUACACCUUCAACGAGUGGCUCUCCUUCAUGGACGCCCCCGCCGUGCCCCUGCACCCUGCCGCGGCGGGCACCGACCCGCUGGCCGAGCGCUACAGCUUCGCGCUGAGCGUCCCGCCGAGCGUGCAGGAGGGCUCGGCGCUGCACUUCGCCAUUUGCUACCGCAGCCAGCAGGGCGAGUACUGGGACAACAACGGGGGCCGCAACUACACGCUGCGGUGCUGCAGCUCCGCCGGGGGAUGCCCGGCACCGCCCGGCACGGACGGCGGCCCCGGGACGGCCACCGCUCCCCUCUAUUGAGACCAGCCGAGGGAAGGAGCCGUGAUAAGCCAGCAGUACCCCGCCUCGACGGCUGACGUGCCCGGGGAGCGGGCAGCUGCCGCCCCCGCGCUCCGCACAGCCCCGCAGGGAGCCUGGCCGGUGGCAGGGGAGCGCUGCCCGGCCGGGGUCUGCUAGCGCCGCGCCGGAGGAGGCGCCCGGAGGCAGACACCAGCCCCGCUCGGAGUGGCACGCCGGUCUCUCACGGCGGGGAGACCUUGCUCUCCGAUGCCAGCGCUGCCUUUGGAAUACAGCUUGAGCUAUUGGCCUUAAAAGAAAAGAAAAAAAAAAAACAAGAAGAAAAAGAAAAACCCUGCACCCCGGGCCGUCGCGCAGGGCCUCUCGGCGUGGGGCUUUGCGACGGGCGCGCGCGGAGCCGUUGGCGGCCGUUGGCUCGCGGCGCGCGAAGGCUAACGGACGCGGCAGGGGGAGGGGCGGCGGGCCCGCCCGCGGGGCCCCGCGCCUUCCCUCCGGCCACCGCCAGGCAGGAGUGGGGGUAAAAAGGGUGAAAAGGGGUUGUCUUCCCCAGCGGGAAGACGGUGCCUGGGGCUGAACUUUCCUGCAGCGAAAGCGAAAGUAGAACUUCUUGAAGGCAGUCUGGUGAGGGCGAUACGCCAAACGCUGAAGUUUCUGCCACUGAUGAUAGCCGAGUUUCUCCUCUUCAUUUUCAUCCUCUUUCUCCCCCCCUCUUUUUUUUUUUAAUUGGGCACUUUGGUUUGGCCAGCGCAACAGGGGUGUGUAUUGGCUCGUAUUGCUGUGGCUUGCGAAAUUGUUUUCCUUUUUUGGAGAGAACAAGGAGACUUAGUAGUGGUUUUGUUUUUUUUUUUUUGUUGUUUUUUUUUCCUCGUGAAGUGAAUUUUUAAGGUCUUGAGUUAUGUUUAACUUCACUUACCUGGUUAGUUAGUGAGAUGCACAAGGCACUUGAGGUUAAACUGAACGUAGUGUUCGUUACAGAUUUGAUCUAGGAUUUUCCUGUUUUCACAUCUGUUUCAGAGACGGUAAUAUGACAGAAAUGUAUCUUUUUUAAAUUUAACGCAAUUUGUAACAGUAUGAUUCACUAUUCUGAGCAUUUUCUUUUUCACUUCAGCAUCCCUGCCCCGUCUUUGCUCUGCUUGUGAUGGCUCCAAACAAGUGUGUGUGGUGUGCGUGUGCGGUGUGUGUGUGUAUUUGUCAUUUAGUGCUCUUUGAUGCUGUUCCCAUCUUACACAGGGGAGCCACAGGACCACGGAUGUCUGGCUAAUCGCAGCUAACUGUGAUCUCUGCCAGCCUUGCCCAACAUGCACGUGUGAGGGAAAAUGUAACAUGCACAUACUGAAUAUCUAAUGAUUUAAACUUUGUAGUUCUAUUCACCUCUAAUUUUCGUGAGGAAUAUUUUUUGCAAAAAAUUAACUGUUCGCUUCUUUUUGACAAGCCUAAAUCUGUGGCAAAAGAGUUAAUAUAUUUGCUGAAGCUGAGUUUAUUAGCUUUGGUAACAGCUUUCAGUAAACUACUGUAAAGUAAGUGGUGGCGUCUGUAUCACAUAGUCAAUAGCCAGCAUAAUCAUGCCCACACAUAUCUAUUUUUGUAUUACUUGGGAAGAGGUGACUGAGUGGGAUGACCUCCUUACUGAGGAAUGACAACGUGAUACAUAGAGGGUAUCCUCACUAAUGAAUGAAAACAAAUGUUUUAGUUCAACUCUCCUUAUGUUACAUUUUGUACCACAAGUCUCAAGAAUUUAUAAUUUAACUUAUUUGGAAAGUUCUGUUACAAGUUUAUUUUGCUACACCUUUUGUAACACAUACUCUUAAGAAUGUAAUGCCUGAGCCUGUGGCAUUACAUGUUUUAGUGGCAAGAGGAAGGUAACUUUUUCAGGUAACUGUGGUACCUUCAGAAAGGUAACUGUGUUAUUGGGAGUGUUUGUAUACACGCAGUUGGACACACAACUGAUUAUUUACAGUCCUCCCAUCUGUUCUUGUAUUACACACCAAAAGGUUAAAUACUAAGAGUCCCAAGUCCAAAAACCAAUUGAAAAGUACCAAUAAAAAUGGGUUUGUAAGAAUAGAAGGUUAGAGCUUUAAAAAGCACACUGAUACAAAUCUUCUGUAUCUUCUGUAUAGCAAAAUGCAACUGGAUACUUUCUGAUUUCACAGCCUGGUUGUAUCCCUGCUCUAACAUGCUGAAGUGCAACUCUUGAUAGGUGGAGUGCAGAAGGAAGGCAAACUUAGUGUAUCUCACUACAGUGGUGAAUGUUGUCCCUAAGCAGCAUUUCGGGCUGCUUGUGGUCGUGUCAGAGUCACAAAGCAAAUUGUGCCAGAAGUAUGUUAUGGCCCAGUAUGCUCUUGUAGUAGACAUCUUGUGCAGAUAGCUUUGAUGUGUAAGGAGCCUUAUUAGCACAUGUGGACAGUAAGUUGGAUUCAGUAGACUUGUGGUGGUUUUUCUACAGCUUGAAUCUGCUUGCAUUAUUCUGAUACAAUAUCUCAAAAUUCAGGUCAGCCUUCUGGGUGGAAAAAACAAACAGAUAAUGAGACAUUAUAAUGCAGCAAAAAUUUUGACCUUUGGAUGCAUGUUCUUUGGAAUGACCUUGAAAGAUUAUCGUCCUUCUAAAAAGAGCAUACUGUGUGUUUUCUGAGAUCUUCAUUUUCCCUAAAAAUUCAAACAUUUUAAAGCCCGUUAUGAGCACCUUAGAAUAAUUUGCAUCUCUAUGAAGUUUCCCUUACUUGAAAAUAAGUCUUUAGAUAACCUGCCCUGUCAGAGAGCUGGCACAAAAUCAGAGACAGAAGCAGGCAAUAUAGGAGAAGCAGAGAGAUCUUCCAGUUGGAGUUCCUGCAGUAUUACUCACACGUGCACUGCUUCAGGAACACAAACUGUUCUCCCUCUCCUCCUCCCUCCUGUUGUAAACCCUCCCCCCCCCCCACACACACAUACACAUACAACCCAUAGAUUAUAGCAUGAAGGUAUGGCCAAAAUCUAAAGAUGGCAAAGAGGUCUUUAAUUCCUUCAGAAGCCAUCUUAGUUCAAAUGGUACCUAUCCUGUGCUCAGAUUAAUUGCUUUCAAAAUGCAUGAAUAAGAGCUCUAUGCAUGUAAACAGAAUAACAUUUGCUGUUGCUUUCCAAGUUACAUGUAAAGUCUCCAGAAGCAUGUAAGUUUUGAGGGACAAUAGAGGAAUCUACUACUUCCACACACAAGUUUGUUUUAAAACUGUCAUGUAUUACAUGAUAAUCUGGUAAUACUACAGGAUAUUGCAUAGAAUAAUCUGGUAUGAGCUCACAUUUUCUUCAGACAGAUAUUGCUGUGAAAUGGUAUGCUUUUACAGCUGAUAAGUGAUGCUAAAGGCAUGAAGAGUCUUAAUUUACUAUGUAGUAUUUUGUACUACUGCAGCCCAUUCAUUACUCUGCUUUGUUUAUUAGUGCUGCAAAAAAGAAGGAAAUUUAACAAAAAUGUGGGGGAGGGGAAGGAUCUCACCUUAAACAGCAUUUAAAGUACCAGUCAUAUUCUGAUGCCUAUGUAUGGGACAGGGAGGGCUGCAGAAUGAGUACAUCAGAGAAUCAUGGCUAGCCAAGCUAAUUUAUAGAGAGCUAGAAACAUCCUUUGGUAAUUGGUAAACAAUGGGCCAUGAAUGUAAAAUAUCCCUAUCCAGAAAAUGUAACAUUUGUGUGAUUUCUUCAGCCCUGUGAACUGAAAUGCAGAAGACAAGAAGCAUUUGCAGAAACUAAACAGCAAAACCUUUCCUAAUAGUUAAAAAAAUUGGUGUGAUCUGAAACCCUGUAAAUUGUUAUAAUCAGAGCACAAUGUUUUUGUUGUGCAAAAUGCUUUUUUAUUACUAAGAAUUACUUUUUGUUAAAGAAAUAAGAUUUCUCAUAUAAGAAUCAAGCAUACUCACUUUUUAAUAGUGAUUGUUGUAUUUGCAGAUUCUUAUAUAAAGAAUACAUUUCCCAAGCCAUUUUCAAAGACUACCUACAUACAAUUCUCUUUAUUCUUAUAGAUGAGGUAAGGGGAGCCUUAUGAAAGAUUACAUAGGACAUUAGUGUCAAAAUGAGUGUUGGAACAUGUUGUACUGAAUGCUAGCAACUCAGCAUAAACGGAGCAUGGGACUGCUGUUCUUGGUAUUAGGUUUAGAUUGAGAGGAUAUAACUUUAUUUUCAAAGAAAUAUAUUAAAAACAAAAUAUUUAUAAAUCCAUAAAAUCAGAAGACCCAAAAGAGUAAAAUCGUAACUAUAAUACUCUUUUUAUUUGAUUGCAUUAUUGUUAAUUUAAUAUUUCAUAAAGAUUCAAGGCAUGUCUUUUGGCAUAUGUGCUCACAACCUCCCAUCCUUCUAGCUCCCAAACUUAAUAAGAAAUGAUAAGACUUGUUAGCACUUUUAAAAAAACUCCAGCUCUGCGAAUUAUCAGUUUAUAGAGAUUUCUCAUAUUCCUCUGGAUUAAAGUUUCUAAGGACUUAAGAGAGAAAAAGCAACCAGGGAUUUUAUAAGUCCCUAUAAAAAAAACAACAACAAAAAAAUAUAUUUGAAUCUCUGUAUUUGGUAACUGUGAAAGAGAUCAAAAUUAAAUUUUGCUUAAGCAACUUCUUGCAGCUUAAUUUUUUCAGUUGAUCAAAAGAAUGUGAUUUCAGAAAAGGAUUGUGGACUUAAAUUUAGUUUGUCAUCAAGAACUACAAACUUGCAUGCAAACUACUCCUGCUUUAUUUAAAGCCUAGGCUUUCAGUCAGAACUUGAAAAGGCUGGCUUCUACUCCCAUUGACAUCUUUGGGAUCUGGAUCCAGCCCAAAGUAUUGCAUGAAGGCAGGGGAAAUGAUCUAGGUUUAAUUGUCUGUUUUGUUCAGAGGCUUUUAUUGCCAGGUUAUGGUAACAUGGCACUAUGAUGCAUGUUCAUCUGUCACGUUUUAAAAUCUGCUGUCUAUGCUUGGUACUAAUUAAAUCUUUUUUUAUUUUUUUGAGAAAGAGAGAGAGGGAGAGAGAAAGAGAGAGGGAAAGAGAGAGAGAGUGAACAUUACUUGCCUUGGAUUAGCAUAUUUCCAAAGACUGGUAUAAAUAUUUAUGCAGUGCACUGCUUCAAUAGGAAGCCUGUACAUUCUUACAGGUCUCCAUAGUUCUCUUACUCUGAACAUCCCAUCCCCUCUGUAAAGCUUCAGUAUUUAAAAGGCUCAACAGUUAAAAAAGGUAAGUAGCUUAGAAAAAAAGCAUCUCUUAUAACAUAUUGAUGGCAUUUAAUUCUCCAUGUAAAUGGCAGAAUUCUUUGAAAAUGCAUGUGUGUGUGAAACAGGUUUGACAGUCCCUAUUUUUUUUCUUCUUAUAACAGUAGAAAACAGUGUUGCAAGAAUAUUGGUUUAUCUUUUUUUUUUUCUUCCACCAAGGGCUCAUGCACUGUUCUUUACAUUCUAAAAUACUGAAAAAAGUAAGAAUGUAAACUUAGUAAAAGGACUCCACAUCUUCAUCCUUUUUUGUAAAGGGCAUGAAGCAAAACAUUCUUAAGUAUAUGACAUAAUUUUGCUGGUGUUAAGAACCAGUGGAAAAAGCAAACAUUAUACUGUUGACUUAAAUAAUACCAGGAUUUCACUGUAGAUCCUUAUAGAAAGCACAGGAAAACAUUUAGGGCACAGUUAUGAAUAUGUGGUCCUUCCUGGCUAUCUAGAGGUGCCUUUACAUUGUUUUACAGGAAGUAAAUUAAGGAGCUGGCAGAGUUUUUUCAUAAAAUUAUUCUUUCCUGUUGAUGCUAGAAGGUAAAAGUAAUGCUUUUAAUGCUUGGUAACUUGGGAAAGUUCUAUGCAGAAAUACUUUUUCAGAAAUGUAAGUAGUGAAAUCCUUCCUGGCCUAUUUCAAUAUUCUAUGUAAAAUGGUCACACGCUACUCUCCUGAGUUGCAUUACUUCCAGACAGCUGUUUUCUCUGAUACAUCGAUGCCUUUUGAAAUUUGAUUGUAGUCAAAUCUAGUCAGCAGUCAUAACACAACAGAAGUGCCUAUCCUUUAAACAGUUACUCAUGUUAAGUGAAUUGUUUUUUUUCUUUCAGAGAGCUUUUCCAAGUUUAUACUGUAAGACUCAUGACGAACUUUGAUUUAUGUAAACAGUCAAAUAUGGGUGCAUAUUGCUGAAGUAAAUACUUUGCUAAAAUUCUAAGAUCAGAGAUAGGCAUUUUUAAUACAAUAUUUCAAAGCAGGCAUGUUUUCAUAAGACUUAUUACAGUCUUAGUAAAGAAAGAUAUUUAUUGAGCUCCCUUCUAUUAUAAAAAGCUAUACCCUUUAUAAUAGUGGAUAUUGUACAUAAAUGAUGGGAUCAUUCUUUUGCAUUUUACCUACUCCUGUUGUUUACACUGCUUUGAGAAAAAUCACAUGUUGUUACUGACAGAGUGCCAAGAGAGAGACUUAAUGUACAUUGCAAUUUAAACUGAACUGAUGAGGCACAGUAAGAACACAGGAACUAUUAAGUUAGAUCAAAGUGCCAUCUCUCCAGUAUGCUGUCUCCAUCAGAGAUGAUAAGCAGACACCUAGCAAAGAGUAAGAAUAGGACAUAUGAAUACGAACAUGAUACUAAUGUUGUCACAGCCUACAGCUAUUUAUGUUCUGGACUUCCUGAGGUGGAUAUGGUGGAAGUAUUUUCCUUCCAUAGUCUGGACGAUUUCAUUUAUAAAGUAUUUGAUAAACUAUGCUUUUUAUACAGAACUAGGUAUAAUAAAAAUACAUAGACGAGGCAAGGAAGAAAUAAAUUUCCUAGGUAUCUUCAGUCAAAUACAAUAGAUCUGCAUAUGAAUCACUAACAUUAAUGGAGGGUGCACUUAUAUUUGUGUUGGUGAAGAAAGGAAACGUGUUGAUUUGCUGAAGACAGUAUUGGAAUGGAUAUCUAAAAUGCACUGAUUAUGUGGGGUUUGAGUAUUGAUCAGUCUAAUGCCACUGUUAGCUUUGCACUUUUGUUUUCUGAGUAGACAGACAACAGGCUUUUGGUCCUUAACAGCUGAAGUUUUGAUAAGUUAAUAAGUUUAAUAAGUAAUAUACAAGUAGUGGUGGUAAACUGGUAGUUAAUUUGGAGUAAGAAUUUAAUCCUCAACUAAGAAAGUGAGCUGUCUUAAGCUACUCUGCUCUACAGACUGGGGUGAGAGGGAAGUUAGUUACGGAUCCUGAAUUCAUUUUAUAUUUUUCUUGAUGGGUCUUCUCAGAAGCAUAUAUCCUGAAAGCUACUAAUGCUCCUUUGCAGGUAUAAACUGCUAAGGGAAUCUGAGUAGUAAACAUGAGACAGAAAGUACAGGCAGAUGGCACUAAUAUGAGUGCAGCAGUACUGUAAGAACUUAACAGCUGUAUUUUUGGGCAUUACUGGAGAAGUAAUGUCCGUCAUACUUUUUAGGGGAUUAAACAAAACCAGUUCACAUUCAUAUUAUUAAACACCUACAUUACAGCAUAUAACAUCUACAGUUGUGUUCUUGGUGGAAACUAAGCUAUAGAGAACUAGACAGAAAAGGGACUGGUAUUUUAGAAGAAAUGGUUAUGUAUUUAAAAAGGGACUCUGUUUGAAAACAAAUCCUAAAUUUUUGUUUUAAAUACAGUAAAAACUUCAAACAGUAAAAAUGUUACCAAUAAAGUUUUUCCUCUUUAUAAAUUAGGGUUAAUGGUACUUAUUCGGAUGUUUACUUUGUUUCCUAGCAUACAUUCUCAGAUCCUGAAUUGGUAUGCAGUGCUUGUUCCAGUAAUUAAGCCGUUUAAACAAGGAAUUUGUAUGUACUGUUCUAUGAAGACUGAGUUCCUUAGACUGUAAAACUGGCAGGCCUUCCAUGACUAUGUUCUCUAGAAAUGUAAAAUGUUAUUACAUUUCCUUGAUUCCACUGAAAAUAGUAAUUAAUUUCUACUAAAUAA